UACAUCUUCGACUACGUGAUAAUAGUACUCCUCGUUCUCGGCUUCUCGGCGCUAGAUCUGGCAGAACCACACCACCAGCGUUUCUCGCUCAAUAAUGAUUCCCUUCAAUACCCUUACGCCGACCCCGAACGUAUCUCGCCGCUCUGGGCCGGUGUGAUAUCAGUUCUCUUCCCGAUCAUUUGCAUCGCCGUAUGGAGCAUGGUCAUCGACGGAAUGUACUCGCAUCACAAGCCGCCGACCAACCGGUCUAGAAUACUGAGCGGCCCUUGGCAGAUGAGUGAUAGGCUAUGGGAGAUGAAUUGUGGUAUUCUGGGAUUGGGACUGAGCGUUGCUGGAACCAUUUGCGUCACGGGCGCACUCAAGAAUGCGACGGGCAAGCCGAGACCGGACAUCAUUUCGCGAUGCAUUCCGCGUGAGGGUUCGAGAAAUGCUGCCGUAUGGGGUCUGGUCACAUCGCAGAUCUGCACCCAAACGAAUCACCACGUCCUGAAAGAUGGCUUCAAGUCCUGGCCUUCCGGACAUGCCUCGACUGCAUUUGCGGGUCUAGGUUACCUCUCCCUGUUCCUCGCCGGAAAGCUACACAUCAUGGACAACCGCGGUGAAGUCUGGAAGACGGUGAUCGUCUUGAUUCCGUACCUCGCCGCUUCGCUAGUCGCUGUUUCCCGUAUCAUGGACGCCCGUCACCACCCGUUCGAUGUGCUCACGGGCGCUGCUCUCGGCCUCGGAACGGCCUGGAUCUCGUACCGCCAGUACUUCCCGGCCAUCUCCAAUUCGCGUGCCAAGGGACGUGCAUACUCCCGUCGUACUUGGGGUGCCGACACCCACGAA